CGACUGCAUUGUCACAGAAAAAUGGCGCGGUUUCCAUGACUGCAUCAAGCUCCGGGGUGUCGUCUGCAGUGUCUGCAUCCAAAGCCAAUAGAUCAGCCGAUCCUAUAGAGCAACAUGAUGCCACCACGUCGAUGCCGCAACAGUCAUAAAAACAGUCAACAAAACAGAUAAAAAGGAAAGCUGCAGCAAUUGCCGCGGCGGCAGUUGCUGCAGCAGCAGCAGCAACUCCUCCAAAAGCAAUCCGACGACCAGCGCCAAAACCUAUAGUACCACGUGAUCCUAUUGUGCAUGCACGACCUCCUGUCGUCAAACCAGCACCAAGACCAACUGUACCACGUGAUCCAAUUGUGCAUGCGCGAUCAACAACCCCGGAACCAAAAGAGGUUGAUGUUGAAACAACUGGGUCCACAUAUUAUAACAGCAAUUACUAUCCUGAUUACUACAACUAUAAUAGUGGUUUUGACGGAAAUGAUCGUAGUGGCAAAAACCAAGGGGACAACACGUGUCCAGUUUUCAAAGAAACAAUCAUGGAGCACCACAUUAUUUUACGGCAUGAUGGAUGUGAAAUCAUUCUAUCACAGGAUGAUGCUAUUCGAUGGUUUGGCAGACCGACAAGGCCGCUAGUGUACUCAAGGAAAUACCUAUAAGGAACUCGAAUACAUCAUAAUUGUUCACCCAGCAAAGCUAUCAUCAUUCCUAUGUACAUCUGCUGUAACAUGCUUUAAUUACUAGCUAUAAUAAA